GGACUGCGCACUUCUUAUUGAGGCACAGAUUUUGUCUUGAUAUCUCUCCCUGGAUCAUCUCGAUUUUUCAACGGAACGAACGACGAAGCGACGCAAGUUGCUGACCCCGCAAUCGCGCAACCACCUCAGCGCGCGACCCAAACGAACCGCCCGCCCAUCCGCCACCGUCAUCACCAGCAUUACCCUCCCCCCGAUUCAACCUGUCAAGAUGAUGGGUUGGUGGUCGUCUGGGGCCAACAGUGCCCUCGAUGAGCAGAUAGAGAAGGCCACGAGCAGCAGCCUUGAAGACAUCGCGCUCAACCUCGAGAUUUCCGACAUCAUCAGGUCGAAAACGGUACAGCCCAAAGAAGCCAUGCGAUCGCUCAAGAAGCGCAUCAACAACAAGAACCCGAACACCCAGCUCAGCGCUCUAAAUCUCACCGAUACCUGCGUCAAGAAUGGCGGUGCCCAUUUCCUCACCGAGAUUGCCUCCAGGGAGUUUAUGGAGAGCCUGGUGUCGCUUCUUAAAGCAGUUGGGCCUGGCACGGUGAACCCCGAAGUGCGCGCCAAGAUCCUCGAGCUCAUCCAGUCCUGGGCUACGGCUUCUGAGGGUCGCUACGAACUCGGAUACAUUGGCGAGGUGUACAGGACGCUGCAGAGGGAGGGUUUCCAGUUUCCCCCUCGGGUGACGGUCGCCAGCAGUAUGCUCGACAGCAGCGCGCCCCCUGAAUGGGUCGACUCCGAUAUUUGUAUGCGAUGCCGAACCCCAUUCACAUUUACCAACCGAAAACAUCAUUGCCGCAACUGCGGCAACUGCUUCGACCAGCAGUGUUCCAGCAAAACCCUGCCACUUCCUCAUCUCGGCAUCCUUCAGCCGGUCCGAGUAGAUGAUGGGUGCUACGCAAAACUUACCGACAAGUCUUCCAGAGGCGGCGGAAUUCAUCACGAGCGCUCUCCCAGUCACACUUUGCACUCUAACAAGCCCCGCGGCUCGUCGAUGCAGCCGCGAGACGCUCGUGUGGAUGACGGUUUUGACGAGGACCUGAAGAAGGCCCUAGCAAUGAGCCUUGAAGACGUGAAGAACAACUCGAGAGGUUACUCGUCCAACGCGGCCAACGGAACAGCCUCCGGCCAGCAAAAGACGAAUGGCCAUGCUACGCCAAAGGUGGCUGAGGAGGAGGACGAGGAUCUGAAGGCCGCCAUUGCGGCGUCUCUAGCUGAUAUGGAGGAGCAGAAGAAGAAACAUGCGGCGGCACUGAAGGAGCAAGCCUCGGGCGCGGCCUCCUCGUCAUCCCCCGCACCCUUCACACUGCCUAAGAACGACUAUGAGCUUACGCCGGUCGAAGCGGAGAACAUCAACCUCUUCGCCACGCUUGUCGACCGCCUACAAACACAGCCGCCGGGAACCAUUUUGCGAGAGCCGCAAAUCCAGGAGCUCUACGAUAGCAUUGGGGCCCUUCGACCAAAACUUGCCCGAACCUAUGGGGAAACGAUGAGCAAACAUGACACCCUACUCGAUCUGCAUGCGAAGUUGUCGACGGUAGUCCGUUAUUACGACCGCAUGCUGGAAGAGCGCUUAUCGAAGGCCUACAGCCAGCACAGUAUAGGGGGCUACAAUUUCCCGUCCCCGAGGCAAACUUCCGGACCGUAUCCUUCAUUGCAUCCUAGCGCACCCAGCGCUGCCGGGCCGGCGGAGAGCUUCUAUACAGGGGAGCAGCAGCAUGAUUACAACCGGCCGACGACACAGAUGUCUUAUCCCCACCCGGCACCCGCCCAGCUAGGAACUUAUGACAGGCGGGGUUCCGUUGCUGGACCCUCGAGCAGCCAGUACCCUCCACAACAGAUGCCUCAGCACACGGGAGGUUGGGGCCCCGCGACGCCUGCCCAGCAGUACGGCCAACAGCCGAGUUACCCGCCGAACGAGCCUCCUCAGCCAGUUCAGCCGCGGCAAAACCCAACCCAGGGGCAGCUCUCUGCUCCCACUCCGAACGACUCGGUCGGCACUACCCCCACGGCCGACCCCAACGCGUCCUUCUACUUUAACACGCAACCGCAGCAACAACCACACCAGGCCGCUAGCUCCCCGCCGGACCCUGCCAUGUCACCUUAUCCUAACCUUUCCCAGCCAAUGCACUCGUACCAGCCCUCUCUCCCGCAAACGCCGGCAUCCACUGCUGCUCAGCCGUCCCAGGCGCAGCAGGCGCAGCAGUCACAGCAGACACAACAGACACACCAACCGCAGCCGCAGUCACAGCAGCCAUACUGGCAGCACCCGGCCGCUCAACAGACGCAGCUCCCGCCGGUCUGGCAAGCCCCUCCCAGCAGUGCGUAUCCCGGAUAUACCCAGGAGGCGUUUCCGUCAGCCCCACAGCAUGCACCGAAGCAGCCAGCCGUGGAGGAAAGCCUGAUUGAGUUGUGAACAGUCUGAAGUUUGAAGGAUAUACAAAAGUCGAAGAGAUGGACUCAUCCGAAGCAAGGUAUUCCCAGACGUGGACAAUGUAGGAAUCUGUGGGUUUGACGGCGUUCAAGGAGGAUCCACGAAGGCUUUUGUUGCCGUUGGGUUCGGCGACAUUCUAUUCUGUAUUUCAACGGAGUGGUGGUGAGGUGCAUGAGCAUUAUCAGCUUUGGAGC